CAUCAUUCAUUGUAAUCACUCAUUCUUUAGAAGUUAUUUCUGUUGUCCCUUCAGAAACAUCUUUCUUACAAGGUUUGAGAGUAAUGAUGUUAGGUUUCUUAUUUCAGGUACGGCAUUUUCUUAGAUAUUUAGAGACUCAACUAAUCUGACCAAAUUUCCUAUGACUCCAGUUCUUCAAUGAAAACUUCUGAUGAUGCAAACCUCCACUAUUCGAAAGACGAAUUCUCGCCUCUGGUCGAUAUUUAUUAUCAUACUCUUCUUCUGCGAUGUGAACUUCAUAAAUGGAUAUUUGGUUUUCGGAUUUUCUUUUUCUCUCUGAAACGCAUGAAUCUUUUCUCAUAAUGAACUGGUUUCCUAAUGACUCCAUAAACUGACCAAUUUCUCUCUUCUUAAUGCUUCCCUUAUCAUUCAUUAGUAAGCCUGUGUGUCACUUCCUGGUAGGACUAACAAGAUUUCAUACAGCUGGGGACUCAUCUGGGAUAUCCCAGAGGUCAUCAUCCUCGUCUUUGCUCUAAAAAGACAUAUAAGUUCCUCA